AAAUGGAAUUAUACAUAUGAAGAAUAGAAGGGGCUCCACUCCAAGAUUUAUUCUGCCCGACCAUUAAUGACGAUCUGCAGCGAUUAAAUUAAAUUAAAUAAGUAGUUAAGAUGAGGUAGUCUUAAUAAUCUCCCUGUCGUCUCAGUUCUAAAUCUAUAAUCUACUAUUUGAUUUAAAUCCUCGCACAUAUUUCUGGUGAUUUCCUCCCGCCGUGCUCCGCCCCGCCCCUCUGUCAACCAGCUAUACUUGCAGUUUAAUUUUCUCUCUCGCGCGCGCUGCGCAAUUUGAUGCACAUUCCUUCUCCUGAACAAGAGGAGCAAUAUUCACUUAAAAAAAUUCGAGUGCAUCUCGUAUGACUCCUGACAGAUCCACUGCUUCUGAUUCCCAGAUAUUAUUUAGGUAGAUUUUAUCUUGAUGAUUGGAUGAGUCUGAAUCUGUUUGCCUAGAGCUGCUAUUAAGGAUGAAAGGAGGCAUUCAAGGACUAAAGAUCUCACAGGUCUCCCUCAUCCUCAUCGGUUUAGUCUGCAUGACUGUGCUUGUAUUGGCAUGGACAAAGACCUCAUUUCUUGCUGCUUUCAUCCCAUCUCCGAAUCGCAUCCUGCCACUGGAUCUGGAUGAAUCAGGUCCAGGAGAAAUUUUCAAGGGGGGCAACAUUUCAGCACAAACAAGGACGGAACAAGUUGAAUCGUUUGCUUCACCUGGUGUGAUAGAACAAAAAGGCGAGAGAGAAAAUAUUGAUAAUAGUAAAAAUACCAAUAAGGAAGAAAAUCCUAGCAGUGUUAAGAAAAGGUCGGGGUCGGAUGAACUAUCUGAAGGAAAAACUAAAUCCACACAAGUAGAUAUUGUUGUGAAGAACUCUUCAGCUUCAGAGUCACCUGUCAGAAGAGAGGAAAAUGGAACCUUAUCAUCUGUUGAUAAAAACAAAGAGAGUCAUUCUAGUGUUCCGGAAGGAACAGGAUCAGAAGAACCAUCAGGAGGAAAAAACAAAUCAAAAGAAUUAACGAUUGUGCCACAGAACUCUCCUUCUGUUGGGUCAUUUCACAAAGGAGAGCAAACAGUAAACUUGUCAGCUACAGUUGGAAAUAAAGGUUGCAAUUAUGCCAAAGGUAAAUGGGCCAUUGAUGAUAAUCGUCCGUUGUAUUCUGGAUUCGGUUGUAAGCAAUGGUUGUCAUCUAUGUGGGCUUGUCGCCUAACACAGCGCAUGGAUUUUGAAUAUGAAAAGCUUCGUUGGCAACCCCAAGAUUGCAAAAUGCAAGAUUUCACAGGAUCCAAGUUCCUGCAGAGAAUGCAGGAUAAAACUUUGGCUUUCAUUGGGGAUUCACUGGGUCGACAGCAAUUUCAAUCUCUCAUGUGCAUGGUAACAGGUGGGGAAGAAAGAGCUGAUGUGCUCGAUGUGGGGCGUGAAUAUGGUCUUGUUAAGGCUCGUCAUGCUGUAAGGCCAGAUGGAUGGGCAUAUCGGUUCCCAAUUACUAACACAACCAUCCUCUUCUAUUGGUCAGCAAGUCUCUGUGAUUUGGAACCUAUCAACUCGUCUAACCCGGUCACCAAUUUUGCCAUGCACCUAGAUCGACCCCCUGCUUUUUUGCGGCGCUAUCUUCAUAAAUUUGACGUACUUGUUCUGAAUACAGGACAUCACUGGAACAGGGGAAAACUUAAUGCAAAUAGAUGGGUCAUGUACGUUAAUGGUGUUCCUAACACUAAUAGGAAGACUAUGGAUAUUGCGGGUGCCAAAAACUUGAGCAUUCACAGUAUUGUGAAAUGGGUUGAUGAACAGCUCCCAUUAUUUCCCGGUUUGAAAGCAUUUUUACGAUCUCUAUCGCCCAGGCAUUUUUUCAAUGGGGAUUGGAACACGGGAGGUACAUGUGACAAUACAACGCCACUUUCUGGUGGCAAAGAAGUUCUAAAAGAUGAUUCUAGUGAUUCUGUCGCUGCACAUGCGGUGAGAGGUACAAAUGUUAAGCUUUUAGACAUUACUGCUUUGUCCGAGUUAAGAGACGAGGGCCAUAUAUCCCGGUACAGCAUUAAAGCCACGCCCGGAACGCAGGAUUGCUUGCACUGGUGCUUACCUGGUAUUCCUGAUACAUGGAAUGAAAUAUUGUUUGCACAGCUCUAAUAUGGACGCGGUCAAGCGGAGCUCACCAUGAGAUCAUUGUCUUGAAUCAACCUUUGAAAAGCAAAAAGGUUAUGUAAUAUUUAUAGCAUGAUUCUUCUCCUCCCCUUUACCUCAUCAAGUUGUUUUGGUAGGGUUAUUCGUUAUUAUUAAUAUUAUGCCCGAGUCAAAUGGGAGAAUGAAAAGGUCGAACGUUAACAUGGUUGGAGAGA